UUUUUCAUUAUUUUUUAAUUUUUCAUUGGUUUUCUGAUUUUUCUCGUUAAUUCAUAUUCCAGAUUGGCAAAAUCUGGAAACCUGUGAUCCUCUGGAUUUUUUAAUUUUAUUCUACUUUUUGGUAAUUUCUUUUUUUGUCCUGUUUUCUUGUGGUUUUAGUACAUUAUGAAGGUGUGAGAGCGACGCAGAGCGUAGUUGGCGCUGGAUGAUGAAUCUGUCGAGGUACUUCGUGACGACGCCGAUUUUCUAUGUUAACGCUGCGCCGCACAUCGGGCACGUGUAUUCGGCCGUGCUGGCCGACGCGCUGCAUCGCUGGCACAAGCUGAAGCAUCCCGCCGACGCCACGGUCUUCUCCACAGGCACGGAUGAGCACGGUCUAAAAAUCCAGCAGGCCGCUGCCGCCUCCAACCAGUCUCCCGGCGAUUUCUGCGCGGCCAACCGUGACAAAUUCCAGCAGGCCUUCCGCGCCGCCAACAUCGAGUACACGCAUUUCGUCAGCACCAGCGCCACCGCCCACCGGGAGAGGGUGCAGCAUGCCUGGCGCUGUUUGCAGGAGCGCGGGCUUCUUCGCAAGGGCGUCUACGCGGGAUGGUACUGCACCAGUGACGAGACCUUCCUCACCGAGUCGCAGUUGCGACCGCACACGUUUUCUGAUGGAUCCAGCGGAUUUGUUUCCAUUGAGUCCGGCCACCGGGUGCACUGGAUGGAGGAGGACAACUACCUCUUCCCGCUCGCUCAGUUCCAAGAUGAUCUGAAGAAGUGGAUCGCGACGGGACCCAUCACGCCGCCGCUGUUCAACGGCAUCGUCGAGCAGUGGCUGCAGGAGCGGCAGUUGCCGGAAUUGUCCGUGUCGCGGUCGUCGGCGCGAUUAAAAUGGGGCAUCGAUGUGCCGGAUGAUCCGCAGCAGAAGAUCUACGUGUGGCUGGACGCGCUGCUCAAUUAUUUGACCGUAAUAGGUUAUCCCGGUGAUCAACAGCGGUGGCGGGCGUUCUGGCCGGCGGACGUACAGGUCAUUGGCAAAGAUAUUCUCAAAUUCCACGCGAUAUACUGGCCGGCAUUCUUGCUGGCGCUGGGCCUGCAGCCGCCGCGGCGGAUCCUGUGCCACUCGCACUGGCUGGUGGACCACCAGAAGAUGUCCAAGAGCCUCGGGAAUGUUGUCGACCCAAACGACUGUCUGCGGCGCUUUACCGUCGACGGCUUCCGCUACUUUCUCCUCCGCGAAGGCGUCCCCCAUUCCGAUAACAAUUAUUCGGAAGAGAAGGUGAUCAGCUACCUGAACACUGAGCUGGCCAACACCCUGGGCAACCUGUUAAACCGCUGCACCUCCACCUCCGUCAACCGGAAACAGACCUUCCCCGCGCCGCCGCCGGACGCGGCCCUCACCGACGCCGACCGGACGCUCCUCACCGACAUCCACGCGCUGCCCCAGACCGUCGCCGAGCACUUUGAGGCCUUCCACAUCUACAAGGCCAUCGACGCCGUCAUGCACACACUGCGGGAGGUCAACGCCUACGUCCAGGACACAGCGCCCUGGACAUUAGCCAAGAGCGGUGUGGAGGGUGAUCAGGACCGGCUGGAGGUGAUGCUGUUCGUGGCGUUGGAGGCGCUGCGGGUGGCCGGGGUGCUGCUGGGCCCCGUGACCCCGGGGUUGGGGGAAACCGUGUUGGGGAAGUUGGGGUGUGGAGGGACGCGACUGGAGGUGGACGGGGGAGGGUGCGGGUUAGUGGGCGGGAGGGGGAGGUGA